GCGCCAUAGAGUCCAGAAGCGAGGAGCGCCACCAGUGCCUUCCAUAGAGAGGAAUGGAGACCGGGGCCGAGCGGGUCUGCGACCAUAGAGAGGCGCGGAGGGUAGAGCGGCCCUGGCUUGGAGGCUGCGAGGGUCCGCCAUGACCUCGGCCUCCACCAAGGUGGGCGAGAUCUUCUCCGCCGCCGGCGCCGCCUUCUCGAAGCUGGGCGAGCUGGCCAUGCAGCUGCAUCCGGUGGCCGACUCCUCCCCGGCCGGGGCCAAGUGGACGGAGGCGGAGAUCGCCCUCCUUCGCUCCUCGGUGCAGCGCUUCGGAGAGGACCUCAACCGGCUCAGCGCCCUCAUCAAGGACCGCACCGUGGCGCAGCUGAAGGGGGCGGCCAAGCGCAAGGCCUACGAGGACAGCGGGCUGCCCCCCCCGGCGGAGUCCCCCAAAAAGGGGGCCAGGAAAGGGGCCCCUCCCGCGGCCUCAGCCCCGGGGGGCUCCCCCGACGCCCCCGCGCCCCCCCCGAAGAAAGCCAAGGCGUCUGACGUGACCCUCAGCGCCCUGAACGACUCGGAAGCCCAGAGCGACCUGGUGGACAUCGAGGGCCUGGGCGAGGCCCCUCCGGCCAAGAAGCUCAACUUCGACCAGGACAGCCUGAACCUGGACUCUGGGCUCCUCAUGACCCCCGGAGGGGGAGGGGCAGGGGGCGGCAGUGGGGCAGAGCUGCCCCUCCUCUCCCGAUGAAGGACCCCCCCUCACCACUUUGUCCUAUGGAGGCUGGUACCCUUCCCCCCAACCGCCAGGCGCCUCCCCACGGAGGGCUUUCUCUGGAUCCAGUGGGGAGGGGCUUCUCUGGGUGAGGCCCCCUUCCCAGCCCCAGGGCCGCCUUCUCCAGAGCCAGCCUCCUUUCAAAUUGAGGCCGGGCCCCCCCCCCCCCCCCACAAGGCCUUGUAUUUUUUUUAUUGUCAUUGAGCGCAAUAAACAUGGUUCCUGGA